AUGAAUAUCGGAGUCACAUAUACGUGGGUGGUUGACCACAUCCUGGAUCUUGUAAUAAGUUGCGGAGACCAAAAACACCGCAAACCAUCCACAUUUCAAAUUAUACCCUCAACAUUUUUUCAACAAGAACUAAUUGUGAAUGAUAUUUGUGUAGCAGUUGUUUUUGCCAACAUUGAUGCGAUCUAUAGAUAUCGCGAAGAGUUAACUUCAGUAGAGCUGGUUGGAGUAGAUGCCAGGUAUAAAACUGUUCCUCAAGUGCCAGGGAACUUACGAUCUUUCCUAACAUUUCAAGUACUCUACAAAGAUGUUACAUUUCCAAUGGUCUAUGCCCUUUUGAGGAGUGAAACACAAGAAACUUACUCUUCAUUAUUAACAUUAAUACGCAAUAUUUUACCUCUUCGUUAUAAUAGAAUCAGUUUUAUCACCGAUUAUGAACGAGGUCUUAUGAAUGCUAUUAGGGAAAUAUUUCCAGAUAGUCAAUUAGUAUGUUGUUGGUUUCAUUAUACAAAUAAAAGCUGAUUGUUGAUUGUUGUUGAGAAUCAGAUCUUUAUAGAAUUUCAACAGUGCAAAGAUGACUUUAAAGUUAGAAAUUAAAUAUGCAAAAAAGAGAGGGAAAAUUCAUCUAUAAUGAUAAGAGAAUGCGUACAGCAGCUGAA